UGAAGGUUCGGCUGUAUCCACAUAGAUCGAUCGAUACUCAGUUCCGGCCAGGAAAAUGGAAUCUGCAGUGGAUAUUACGGAAAAUGGCAAUGGACUAGUAAUUCCCCAGAAUUACAAAAAACUACACAGACUGAAUGAGGACCACCUAUAUCACCUUGCUUUGGACACCCAGAAAGAUGACCUUGAAAAAAUGUUUGGUGAUGUUCGAUUUGUGUGCUUUGGUGGUCAGCCUUCUAGAAUGGAAAAGUUUUCGGCACUUGUUGCCGAAGAACUGAAAAUAUAUGACCAUGAAAAGGACGGAGAUAGACCGAAAAAUUAUGCUGCCGGAACAGACCGGUAUUCCAUCCAUAAAGUGGGGCCAGUGUUAUCUGUCAGCCAUGGGAUCGGGAUUCCGUCAUUAUCAGUUGUCUUUAAUGAGAUCAUCAAGCUUGUCUAUUACGCCAAAUGUAAGGAUGUAGAGUUCUUCAGGAUUGGUACAUGCGGAGGAGUAGGUUUAGAGCCAGGAACGGUGGUUGUUACGGAAAAGGCCGUGGAUGGCGAAAUGAAUCCAUAUUACAAACUGUCUGUGUUAGGUAAACCUGUGAAGCGCUUGGCCAAAGUUGACCAGUCGUUAAUGGAAUCGCUGUUAAAGUGCUCAGAACCAGACGAUGAAUUUAAAACUGUUAAAGGAACAACACUUUGUGCAGACGACUUUUACGAAGGUCAAGCAAGGCUAGAUGGCGCCUUCUGUGAGUACGAGGAAGAAGACAAGAUGAAAUUCCUUCAGGAGCUGAAGAAGAAAGGAGUUUGUAAUAUAGAGAUGGAAUCCCUCGGCUUUCUGGCCAUGUGCCAUUAUGCUGGAGUCAAAGGAGCUGUGGCAUGUGUGACUCUGCUGGACAGAUUAAAGGAAGACACACUUUCUUGUGACUUGUCCAUGUUAAAGAAAUGGCAGGAGAGACCCCAGAAUAUAGUUCUCCGUCAUAUAAAGAAAAAAUUAAACAAUCAUUAAUGGACCAAACUCGAAUGCUACAUGCGUCUUGUUGAAAGUGUAGACACUUGUAAUAUAACCGUGAUAUCCACAUGAAUAUCGAAUAAUCAGGGAUUUUAUUACCAACCUUUUUUAAUGUAACUUCGUCUCAUAUUGCUGUUAAUUUAUGAAAAAAAAAUUACUUAUUUCAAUUUUAAGUACUACAAUUUACAAGAGAUAGAGGCGACUUAACAAUAAUCGUAUUUUUAAAAAAUUUUGGUCACAGUUAUAAAACGAAUUAGCCUUUAACGUCUAAUUUAGUAGUUUUACAAUUUGUCAUAAAAAAGAAAGACUAUCAAAAGGGUGAUAUAAGGAAACGGGGUAACAUUUCCCAAUGGUCUGUUAUAUUUUCCUCGUGUAUCUACGUAGUGCAAACUGUUUCAUGUUAGCUGAUAACCUAGAAUCCCAAUGGGAUCAAAUACCCGGCAAUGGCAUUUUAAAAAGUUAACAUAAACCGAGACAAUAUAUUCAAAUGGUGUUUUUCAACUGCUUACAGAACCGACAGUUGUAAACCAAACAUCAAAGUUAAGAAUUAUACCAUGCUUUUUACCGGGUAGUAGUAGUUCCCAUUUUCGUUCUGGCGCUUGGCCUUGGGAUUUGUUCCUAUAAAAUAAUUUACAUGCACAUUAUGUAGAUGGCUGAAAUUGUAGGUUUUGAUUGCAGAGACAACGGUUUCUUUUUGUAUAUGUUUUAUAUUGUGUUGAUUUUUUUUAAUAGACAUUCAUUACCGGUUUAUUUUAUUUUUUUGAUGAUUUGUUAUACAUGUAAUUUUAUCAUUUCGUUUGUAAUUCGUUGAUACAUUGUAUGUGCUUUUGUUGGAUGAAAAUUUGCAUCCAAUUUUGUCUAGUCUACAUCACAAGUGUUCUCAGAUUGAAAUAGUAUUGCCAAAUUUGUGGUUUAUGUUUUGAUAUUAGGAUAGUCAAAUAAAAAGAUUAAAUAUUCAA